UUGCUGCUUCAAUUGCUUGUGGUGGCCAUUGGAUUGCCCGGCCACCAGUCUCCUUCCCACCUCUUGUACGUCCUCAGUCGUCAGGUCAGCGCGUCUCUCUUUGUUUCUUCGCCUGCCUGGCAAUCACCUGCUAUACCGGCCUAGAUAGGAGCAGAGCCCAAGUAAGGAAAAUCAAUACACAUCGAUAUCGUCGUCUUCUUCUUAUUGGGUUCGUUCCGAUCCCCUGCCUGCUCGGCUGCUCCCCGGCCCGGCCAGACGAGAGCGCGCCAUGGCGGCUUUGCGGCACCAGCAGUUAUCGGUGCUCGUCGCGGCGGCGGCGGCGCUGCUCAUGAUGAGUAUGACGCGGCUGCUGCUGGUGGUGUCUGCAGCGUCGGAUGUGCCCACCAUCACCUUCGACGAGGGCUUCGCGCCGCUCUUCGGGGAGGCCAACAUGGAGCGCUCCCCCGACGGCCGCACCGUAAGCCUCACGCUCAACCGCUACUCCGGCGCAGGCUUCAUCUCCUCCCACUACUACCACCACGGCUUCUUCAGCGCCGACGUCAGGCUGCCAAAGGACCACACCGCCGGCGUCGUCGUCGCAUUCUACCUGUCCAACGGCGACGUCUUCGACAAGAACCACGACGAGCUCGACUUUGAGUUCCUUGGCAACCGGCGGCGGCACGAGUGGCGACUGCAGACCAACGUGUACGGCAACGGCAGCACCGAGCGUGGGCGCGAGGAGCGGUACCUGAUGCCCUUCGACCCGACCCUGGAGGCGCACCGCUUCUCCAUCCUCUGGUCCUCCCGCGUGGUCAUCUUCUACGUCGACGGCGUGGCGGUCCGCGAGGUGCCCCGCUCCGGUGCCAUGGGCGGCGACUACCCCUCCAAGCCCAUGGCGCUCUACGCCACCAUCUGGGACGGCUCCACCUGGGCAACCGACAACGGCCGCUACAAGGUCAACUACAAGCGCGGGCCCUUCACGGCCGACUUCUCCGGCCUCGUGCUCCGCGGCUGCCCGGCCGCCGCCGUCAGGCGCGACGACCCCGCGGCGCUGCAGCUCCAGCUCCAGCUGCUGGGGUCGGAGAAGGACGACCGCUGCGCGGGCUCCGAGUUCGAGCUGAUGACGGCGGACUACGCCAUCAUGACCCCGCGGAGGCGGAUGGAGAUGCGGCGGUGGCGGCAGCGCCAGAUGCUCUACACGGUGUGCUACGACACCAACCGCUACCCGGCGCCCUUCCCCGAGUGCGACGUCAACAUGGCGGAGCGCCAAAACUUCUGGGAGUGGGGCGAGUCCAAGGUAGUGCGCCCACGCGUCCGCGCCCGCUCCGGCAGCAGCAGGCGGCGGCGCACCGCCGGCGGCGCCCCGGCAACAACGCACCUGGUGUCGCUGCAGCAAGCCGACUGAUUUACUGACCUGGCCUGGCCUGUAAAUUAAAGCUCGGACACUACUAAUUAAUUAUUAAUUCCAUCAGUUAU